UAUAAUGGGGGCAUAUAUAAGUGUUCGAUCUAAUCAGGGACAAAGAAGCUGGUAAAACAUUGGCGUGUCUGUAGCUCUGUGUUGAUCUAUUCUAGUAGAAGUCAUUAGGGCGUGGCUGCGAAAAUGUUGACAUCACAGCACCACCUUGUCUCUCUCUACUCCGGCACCGUCAGGUAUCACGGCCAGCUGCACUCGAACAUACACUCUUUCACGGCGACUUUAUCCCGCAGGACAAAGACGCAGUGGCCAGUGAUUUACAUAUGUUGUCAUUGUGAUAAAUAAGCAGAGAGAUCCCCGUCAAAAAACACAUAUAGUGAGCUAAUUAAUAACUUCUUGUUUUAUUCUACCCCAGGAAAAGGUUAGGAUAUGGCAUACUAGUUUAAAUUGUCAAUCACUUGCUUUACACACCCCAGGCUGUUCAAUUGACUCUCCUAAGAUGCAGCGUCACUGCCAGGCCAAACCGACCGGGCCUCAUUCCUGAAGUCACAUCCUUACAGUUGCAUGGCGUGGCGCAAUACAUCACCCUAACAAAACCACGGUGGAAAACGAGCUUUGGCUCCAAAGAUAGCUGCAUUACGCAUCUGGGCCCUUUGUUUGUGCUCACGGCCCAGAGCAGUCGACUUCAGAUCUCUAGGAUGGUGCUGUGGCACCGCGGCCACCUUACAUUAAAGGACAGCGUGUGAUAUCUGUGGACAUCAAAGCAAAACAGCCUAACCAUGAGGGACAGACUGAGCCACCUACAGGAAAUGUCCAGCAGCCAUGUGGAGCCGAUGGAGUAUGAAGAGUUCACUGUCUCCGACUCCUUCAGUAAUGUGGACCUGGAGGAGGAGUUGCCCCAUGAGGCAGUAGUGUUUGACAACAGCCCUGCUCUGGUGGAGGUCUUUUCCCAGUCACAAGAUAUCCACAGAGAGAUCCAACUCAUCCGCCUGGAGGUAAAAAGGCUCCGUGAGCAGAACUCGCGCAUGCUCCAGGGCGUCACCACCAUGAGCACUAUCAAAAAGGACUCUAACGCCAUUGGUGCUGAUAUAAAGGCUCGGGCUGAGGAUGUUCUAGCACGCCUGCAGGCCAUGGAUGGCACAGCCCACAAGCUAGAGGAGGCGCAUGGUUCAAAUUCUGCCAUCACACGUAUUGCCAGAACCCAGUAUGCUUGCCUUAGCAAUGGUUUCCGUGAUGCCAUGUUUGACUAUAAUGAGGCUGAGAUGAGCCAUCGGGAGAACUGUAAAGCCCAGAUCCAGAGGCAGAUGGAAAUAGUGGGACGUGAGGUCACAGGAGAGCAGCUGGAUGAGAUGAUAGAGAAAGGUCAGUGGUACAUCUUUAACGACAACGUGGUGGCUGAAGGUAAAACAGCUCGAUCAGCUCUGUCCCAGAUUGAGAAACGUCACCAGGAGUUGGUGGACCUGGAGACCCGUAUCAGUGGCAUCCAUGAGAUUUUCCUGGACAUUGCCAUGUUGGUGGAAGAGCAGGGCCCCAUGCUGAACUCCAUCCAAACUAACGUUCAGAAAACUGAUGAACACAUACAGGAUGCCCUCGUCAAACUUGGCAGGGCCAAGCGCCAUGAUAGGAACAACCCAUUUAAAAAGAUGUUUUGCAGCUGUUUCCCAUGCAUCGACUAA